AUGGAGACGCUGGAGGCGAUGCAGGAGGAGGUGAACGCGGCGGGGGCGAACGUGCGAGCGCUGAAAGCGGAGGGAGCGUCGCCGGAAGCGAUCGCCGCCGCCAUCGACGCGCUGAAAAAGACGAAACUGACGCUGGAGAGCGAGCUCGCGACGUUGAAGGAGGCGGGCAACGCGGAGGCGAAGGCGAAGGAGGAGUUUCGAUCGAAACUGAGCGGUGUGCUCGAGGGACGGUUGUUUUAUAUUCCGUCGUUUAAGAUUUACGGCGGCGUGGCGGGGUUGUACGACUACGGACCGCCGGGGUGCGCGGUGAAGGCGAACGUACAGGCGUUCUGGAGACAGCACUUCGUGUUGGAGGAGAGCAUGUUGGAGGUGGAAUGUCCGGCGGUGACGCCGGAACCGGUGUUGAGGGCUUCUGGGCAUGUCGAAAAGUUCACCGAUCUCAUGGUGAACGACGUGCAGACGAAGGAAUGCUACCGUGCGGAUCAUCUUCUCGAGGAGAAGAUCGAGGAGCUCUUGCGAGACCCUAUGCUCAAGGCGGACCGCCGCCGCGAAUUGGAGGACUUGCAGGCUCGUAUCGACGAGCUCAAGGUUGAGGAGAUGUCCGUCGCUUUGAAGGACACGAACACAAAGGCGCCAGUCACGAACAACGACUUGAGUGAGCCGUAUCCGUUCAACUUGAUGUUCCCGACGCAAAUCGGUCCGUCCGGCGCGGUCAAGGGUUUCCUGCGCCCAGAAACCGCGCAGGGCAUCUUUGUCAACUUCAGAGACUUGCUCUACUUCAACGGUGGCAAGCUUCCGUUCGCAGCAGCGCAGAUUGGGCAAAGUUUCCGCAACGAAAUCGCACCGCGUGCCGGUCUCUUACGCGUUCGCGAGUUCACGCAAGCGGAGAUCGAGCACUUCGUGCAUCCAGAUCACAAGGAACAUCCUCGAUUCGCAGAGGUUGCGAACAUCCAACUUAACCUCUUUAGCCAGGAAGCGCAGUUGGCCGCGGUAAAAAAGCCGUUUCUGAUGACCGUCGGCGACGCCGUGAGCAAGGGCAUUAUCGCGAACGAGACUUUGGGUUACUUCAUCGCUCGAUGUCAUCUGUUCCUCAUGGCAAUCGGCAUCGAUUCGGCGCGUCUUCGCUUCCGUCAACACUUGAAGCACGAGAUGGCGCACUACGCCGCUGACUGCUGGGAUGCCGAAAUUCAAUGUUCGUACGGCUGGAUCGAAUGCGUCGGUCUCGCUGAUCGCUCCGCAUUCGAUCUUAACGCGCACUCCGAGAAGUCCAAGGUGGAUUUGGUCGCGUACGAGCGCUUUGACACGCCGAUCCAAGAGGAAGUUCUCGUGAUGACGCCAAACAAGCAAAUUCUCGGUAAGGCGUUCAAGAAGGACGCAAAACCGAUCACUGAAGCGCUCCAAGCUCUCGGCGAGGCCGAAGCUUUCGCGUUGCAAGAGGCGUGCGCGGCGAACAGCUCGGCGGCGCUCAAGACGGAUGCGGGUGAGUUCCAAGUGUCUGCGGACAUGUUCAAGGUGGAGAAGGUCACCAAGACACUAAACGGACGCAACUAUACGCCAUCCGUUAUCGAGCCGUCCUUCGGUAUCGGUCGCAUCAUGUACUGCAUGUUCGAGCACGCCUUCUACAUUCGUCCAGAUGACGAACAAAAGACUGUGCUCAAGCUCACGCCCGUCGUCGCGCCGAUCAAGACGACGAUCUUCCCGCUCGUCAACGAUGAUAAACUGAACGACAUCGCCAAUCAGAUGAAUAAGACGCUCACGAGCAACGGUAUCAGCGCCAAGUUGGACACGACUGCCGUCUCCAUUGGCAAGCGUUACGCGCGGACCGAUGAGCUCGGCGUCCCGUUUGCCGUCACAGUUGAUCACAGAUCCACCACCGAUGGCACGGUCACCGUGCGUGAGCGCGAUUCGUGCGACCAAGUGCGCGUUCCCAUGACAGAAGUCGCCGAACUUCUCGGUCGUCUGUGCAAAAUGACCGCGACGUGGGCCGAAGCCACGGCGAGCUAUGAAAAGCAAGCCACCGCCGACGAUUAA